AUGAGCGAAGAGCUUAAAAAGGUUUUCUUUGAUGGUUUAUCACUCAGCAAUAAAAAGGACGCAAUCAGAUUUGGAACUGAGAGACCCUUCGAUGAAUUGGGAUUAGAGCAGGACGAUGAUUCGGUAGAAGAUUUUUAUAAGAAGUACAAGGAGUAUAUAAAGCUUUCUAGAUGGGAUGAAGGUCAGAAUAAAAAUCAAUUUAUUCGUGGACUCUCAUCUGCAAAUCAAUUCGAAGUAAGAUUAUGUAGAUUAAAUCAUCCUUUAGAUGAACUAAUAGAUAGACUGGUUAAACUUGAAGUGUUAGAAAGUCAUACUAACUAA